AUGAAUAAUGGCAGUAGUGAUGGUGCCAAUAUACCAAAUUAUACAGAAUUAGGGAAUUAUAUUCCAACGGGAUAUCAAGAAGAUUAUGAUUAUGAAUUACCACAGAAUGCUACUGCUGGUGGCAGCCGCUUGCCCAUUUCACAAACUAUGUUAAGUCAAGUUGAUGAGAAACCAAAAAUCCUAUUGAUGGGUUUAAGAAGAAGCGGAAAGUCAUCAAUUCAGCGAGUUGUUUUCCAUAAAAUGGCUCCAAAUGAAACCCUAUUCUUAGAAAGUACACACAAAAUUGAAAAGAAUGAUGUUUCUGAUUGUUCCUUUAUUAAAUUUCAAAUCUGGGAUUUUCCUGGUCACAUUGAUUUUUGUGAUGAAACAUUUCAAUCUGAAGCGAUAUUUUUAGCUUCUUGUGCUAUUAUAUUUAUUAUCGAUGCUCAAGAUGAUUAUCAUGAAGCGUUAACUCGUCUACAUGUCACUUUAGAAUCAGCAUUUCGUUAUAAUAUGAAUAUUAAAUUCGAAGUAUUCAUCCAUAAAGUGGACUGUUUAACAGAUGAUCAGAAAAUGGAUAUCCAACGUGAUAUUACACAACGUGUAACUGGUGUCCUAGAAGAUCUACUCUGUGAACAACCAUCAAAUGCUGGAAUUAGUAUAGGAUUCCAUCUAACUACCAUAUAUGAUCAUUCAAUUUUUGAAGCUUUUAGUAAAGUAGUGCAGAAAUUAAUUCCCUACUUAGAUGCAUUUGAGCAUCUAUUGAAUAUAUUCAUCACGAACUCAAUGGUGGAUAAAGCCUUCCUAUUCGAUGUUGCUAGUAAGAUUUAUUUGGCAACAGAUUCGAAUGCAGUAGAUAUGCAAACUUAUGAAUUAUGCUGUGAUAUGAUUGAUGUCGUUGUAGAUGUGGCCGCGAUAUACACCCCUCGAUCUAAUUUUGUUGAUCCGCCAGUUUCUGAACAAACUGGUGCUACCAUUAUUUUAAACAAUGACAGAGCAUUAUAUUUACGUGGAAUCAAUCAGUAUAUGGCAUUAGCUUGUUUAAUGUAUGAAGAGUCAUUGGAAAAAAUGGGUUUAAUAGAGUUUAACUUUCGUGUCAUUAAGAAUGCAUUACAACAAAUGUUAGAAUUGAAUCAACAGCAUGCAAAACAAGAACUAGCUGCAAUGUUAAUGCAUCAGCCUACAUCGAAUCCUAUACCAGAAGAUGACGAACAAGAAGAAGGACCAAUAAAUGAUGAGUUUGAUUCUUAUGGAAAUGAUGAACAGAUUGAUGAUAAUGAACGGAAGAUUAAUGAAAAUAAUAUUGUCUAUGCCAACAGAGAGUUAAGAAAUGGGUAG